GGUGUGGAGGAGGACCUGCCUGCAGGGAAUCCGUGUCCCUGACUUCACCCGUCUGGCGCGCUUGCCCGCAGGCCCUGUCCAGAAGACACUGAAUGGGCACUGACCCAGCUACGGGAAAGCGAGGCGCCGCGGCCGGGGCCAUGGGCAACUUCCAACUGGAAGACUUUGUCGCGGGCUGGAUCGGAGGUGCAGCGAGCGUCAUCGUCGGCCACCCUCUGGAUACAGUCAAGGCUCGCCUGCAGGCCGGCUCUGGCUAUGGGAGCACCCUCAGCUGCAUUCGCACGGUGUACAGGAGGGAGAGUGUGUUUGGCUUCUUCAAGGGCAUGUCCUUCCCCCUUGCCAGCAUCGCCGUCUACAACUCAGUGGUGUUUGGGGUCUUCAGCAACACACAGAGGUUCCUCAGCCACCACCGGUGCCGAGAGCCUGAGGCUGGCCCACCCCACGUGCUGUCUGACCUGCUUCUGGCCAGCAUGGUGGCCGGCGUGGUCUCUGUCGGGCUGGGUGCGCCCGUGGACCUCAUCAAGAUCCGGCUGCAGAUGCAAACAGAGCCAUUUCAGGAAGCCAACCUCGGUUUGAAGCCCAGAGUGGCAGCUCUUGGGGAACAGCCAGCCUACCAGGGGCCUGUGCACUGCUUUGCAACCAUCGUGCGGACAGAAGGCCUGGCGGGGCUGUACCGGGGAGCCAGCGCCAUGCUGCUGAGGGACGUUCCAGGCUACUGCCUCUACUUCAUCCCCUACGUGUUCCUGAGUGACUGGAUCACGCCCGAGGCCUGCACAGGCCCCAGCCCCUGUGCUGUGUGGCUGGCAGGCGGAGUGGCGGGAGCAAUUUCUUGGGGAACGGCAACUCCUAUGGACGUCAUGAAGAGCCGACUGCAAGCUGAUGGGGUUUAUGUAAACAAAUACAGAGGUGUCCUGGACUGCAUCUCCCAGAGUUAUCAGAAAGAAGGUCUUAAAGUGUUUUUCAGAGGCAUCACGGUCAACGCCGUGCGGGGCUUCCCCAUGAGCGCAGCCAUGUUCCUUGGGUACGAGCUCUCGCUGCAGGCGAUCCGUGGGGACCGCGUGGUGACCAGCCCCUGAGCGCCAGGUCCAGCAUCACCUGACCAGGACCUCAUUCCGCGAUAGCUGAUGCUGAUGGUGGCGGUGUCUCCAGAGCCUGCGGCGUCUCCAGAGCCUGCGGCGUCUCCAGAGCCUGCGGCAGUGAAUUGACCGAAGAGAGAAAAGGCCUCCGUGCUGACCCUAAGCCAGCCAGGCUCACCUCGAAAUCCCUUCUUGCCCAGCAUUGAGUGCAGGUGGGGUGGGCAUUCUCUGGGCCUUCUUUACACAUGGAGAGCAAAACAGAACAAAGUGAGCUCCUGAUCCACAGUCUGAUUUCCAUUAUGAUGACAUUAAUCUAAAUUUGACUUCUCACUGGAACCACGUGGGGAGACCGCUGCUCUUUUAUUAUUAUGUGUCCAUGACGUCACUCCCGCUUCUGUGCCCACCAGAGACUUCCCUCAUCCAUCCUGCAGCCCCUUCCUCCUGAGAUGAAUGCAUUUUCUGAAUCCUUCUCAACACGGUGCCCUGGGGAGCUACCAUCAGCCAGCCUGAUGCAUCUGUUCCCAGCUAAAGCCCAGUGGGGAAGGUAUCUUUAGAUUCCAAACCCCCCACCCUUUUCCCCCCCUUGAAAGGGUCUUCCUUGAUUUCUCCACAGCCCCCCAUCCCCCUUGAGUGAUUAAGAGCAUGUCUCUGAAAAUCCCCUCUCCUAACAGACCCAGUGCCAGGACAAAGCAUGGCUCUGGUGCAAAGUCGAAACGUUCAGUCUAGUCAGUUUAUCCUGCUACUGUAGCAAAGGGUUCCCUGCUUGAAAUAAAACCCUUAGUAUGGUCUCCUU